AUUUAACAUUCAAUGCGAUCAUUCUUGACUCACAUAAUUGAAGUCGAACUUUCACGGAACAACUACCUACGAUAAUAAGUAUGGUCUUAAAAAUUCGUUUGGCGCGAUUCGGGCGCCGAAAUGCUCCCUUCUACAACAUAGUCGUUGCACACGCAAGAACAGCGAGAAACGACAGACCACUCGAGGUACUCGGCACAUAUGACCCCAUCCCAAAGCCCGAUCCAUACGACAACUCGGGAAGAUUACACAAAGACAUCAAGCUGGACACAUUAAGGACGAAAUAUUGGAUUGGUGUAGGGGCGCAACCCACAGAUACUAUGUGGAGGCUAUUAUCAAUGCUGGGAAUCGUGGAGCCAAAGUACCGAAAUACCGACCCCCGAACACCACCACCUCUACCAGGUCAACCCCGAGAUACCAAACCGCAAGCACCACAAUGAUGGCUUUAGUACCUAGUACCUUUACUUAUAUUUAUAAGCCAUUAAUACCGUUUCGAAGCCUUGCCAUGUGAGCUUGGCUAACGAAAAUAUCGCGCGUACCUACUUGAAGAAGCAGUAAAGUAGGAACUCCUUCGAAAAUGCGACAUAUCCACCAGAUUACCUAGGUGGUUACCCUACCUAACGUGUAUAUAUUGGAAGGCGGGAAAGGGCUUUUUCUUCGUUACUCCUUCAGAGCUCGAAGAAUGUACAAAUAUGUACUAGCUUAGAUUAUAAGCCCAAUCAAGCUAUCUGUAUGAUGAACAACUGCGAUGAUAAGAUCACUCAGAUGCAUAGUGGUUUCCUUGUCCUAGCGAAAGCUAGAUAAGUGCUUGGUUUUCCAUGGUGACUUAAGACAGGCGCAUCAUCAUCUGGAAUCUCCAGCCUCUAACUUUCAUAAUCAAUAAUUUUCAGCUUA